AUGGCGACCCUCCUCCGCUUUGCGCCAUCGCCCACCGGCGCCCUCCACCUUGGCGGCCUCCGAACCGCGCUCUACAAUCACCUCUUUGCCCGCAGAACUGGAGGCAAGUGGAUUCUCCGCAUCGAGGACACCGACAGGACUCGUGCUGUACCUGGCGCCGUCGAGGGCAUCAGCAAUGCAUUGGCGUGGGCUGGCCUGGAGUAUGACUUCGGACCGUCAAAAGUCGGUCCUCACGGACCGUACUUCCAGUCAGAGCGGCUGGACCUGUACCACAAGUAUGCCGACAGACUUCUUCAGUCCGGGCAUGCGUACCGUUGCUUUUGCUCCAAGGACAAAUUGGCCGACGUUCGCGAGAGGCUGCAGCGCACCGGAUCUCGAGCCACCUAUGACAAGUCAUGUCUUCAUCUCACUGAAGAGGAGGCUGCUCGAAGGGCGCGAGCAGGGGAAAGCUAUGUAAUCAGGUUCAAUGACAGCAACCUUCCAGUCCGUCCCCCGAGCCAUGACCUUGUCUUCAGUGGCCUCAAGGAUGCUCAUGACUCAUUACCCACCGAUCCUGUGUUACUCAAGGCCGACAAGUUCCCCACCUACCACUUGGCCUCUGUGGUCGACGAUUUCGAAAUGGGUAUCACGCAUGUAGUGCGCGGAGAGGAAUGGCUCCCAUCCUUGCCUCUGCAUUUAGACCUCUAUGCGGCGCUGUCCCUCCCAAUGCCUCACUUUGCCCAUUUGCCCAUUUUGCUCAACCCAGAUGGCUCCAAGAUGUCCAAGAGAAAAGGCGACGUCCAUGUCCUCGACUACGCGCAACGCGGAUGGGAACCGAACGCCGUCCUCAACUGGCUAGCCCUCGCCGGGUGGGGAGCUCAGCGAGCUUCCACAGGGUCAACAUCACAUCCAAGCGCAGAUGCUCCUAGUAGUACACAGCUCAUGUCUCUGGAGCAGUUGAUACAGCAGUUCGACUUCAAUAGCCUCACCCAGCGCCGCUCGAUCCUGGAUCCUCUGAAACUAGAACAUAUCAACAAGCAUCACUUAAUGCAGCUUAUGUUGACUCCUCACGGUCUCAAUUCAUCGGCUCAGCGUGCGCAACCCUUCGUACAGAAGGCUUUUCCCAACAGUCCGUUCACCUCGGUCCCGUACCUUGAGCGAGUCGUAUUCACCCUGCAGGGCCGCCUUACCAACCUUUCUGACGUCCCGUCCCUGGCCCCAUACCUCUUUGAGGAACCCGACUACACCGCUGAAGAAGCGCAGAAGAUGCUUCGAACGGUGAGACAACGAGUGGGCCUUACAGAUGCGCAAUACGCGGAAGUCAUUUCUGAUUUGAUUGUGCGCCUUCGUCAAGCUUCCACAGGCUGGGACGCGAGUAGUCUUGCACAGAUGCUACAUGACGGACAGGCGACGUCGGGAUUGGCUCCCAAGGACUUCAUGCCCAUCGUAAGACACGCCCUCACAGGCACGAAGAGUGGCCCCGCAAUUGCUGAUACCAUGGCAGUCUUGGGGCCUGAGCGGACCAUUGCGCGACUCGAGAGGCUGGCGAAGUGA